UAGUAAUAGUAAUCCUGAAUUGUCCACUAAGAUACAGCAAAAAUCUAGUUAAAACAAUUUAAAAAUCAAAGUUGGAUUUGAAUAUCAUCAUGGAAAUGAUGCAUGGCAUUAAUUGUAAAGUAUUGCCUCUUCACAUUUGGGGUCAAGAUUACCAAAAUCUUCUUUGGAUUAAAAAUAGUGCACAACAGGACACAUUUGCAGCCAAACAUAAAAAGGGUUCAUUUUCUGUUUUGAAAAUCAAAGAUAAAGGUCAUGUUUCAAGUUUUGUUUUGGAUCCAAAUCUUACUUGUAUUUUCUGGGAUUAUGAAGAUGCUUGUGCAAUAAGUCAAAGACUUUGUGCCCAGGACAAAAAUGGAGACAUCUUAUUAUACUCUGUGAGUGAUAAUGGAGUGACAGAGAUACUUCGCCUCACAAGCUCUAAGAUUCAGGGGCUGUUUAAAGGACAUUGUUCAGGCCUUGAGCUGGUUGGUUGUGACAGAGGACUGUUAUUUCUAGCCUGUGAUUCUAUGCAGCUCUACUGUGUGGAAGUAGCCCUUGGUGGCACAGUUAACCUCAAAUGUAGCUUGAAAUUACCUGGUGUAGCAUCAGAUAUUAAGACUGCACUUGUGCCAGUCUACCAAAUAGUGAAUGGAUCCGUGGUGAUGUUAGAUUAUGCAACUAGUAAAAUUUUUAUCCAUUCAGUUUCAAGUGAUAGUCCAGUUAAUCAAAUAGACCUAAAUACAGUUGGCAUUGCUGCCUCUUCACUGCUACACUGGAAAAUUUCUUUUGAUCUUUCCUCAUUGUUUUUACUAACUGAAAAUUGGAUUCUUGUGCAGUUGAAGAUUAAUAACUAUGCUGAGCAAUUUCCACAGCAUUGUAUAUUGAAUAAUUUUGAAAACAGUGAAAAUGCAUUUACCUAUCAGUAUUUAAGUUUUAAUUUGUGCAGAUAUGGUGACAGUGCUUGGAAACAAGAAGUUGUUAAAAAACAUUUAAGCUACUCUCGUCUGGAAAGUGCCACACAAUUUUCCAGGACGCCCUCAAGCAUCAGAAAAACAGGAUUUAGUGUUGCUAGUAAAAAAUAUUUGCACAAAGAAAAAGUGAAACCAAUGUUAGAUCCUGCUUCUAAAUGUACAUUUUCUUUGAAGCUAACUGAGUUACAAAGAGAUGAAUGGAGGUUAAAAGAGAUGGAGGCUUCUUCUGAUGUGGUUUCUUUUGUUUUAAAAAGAAAAUCUUUAGCUUUUGGAGAUAGUAAACAACAGGCAAUUUAUUUUGCUAACUUUUUAGAAGAAAAUACCCAUCUUCAUAGCAUUGAAGAUACUGUACUAGUCACACUAUCUGACAAACCAACCUGCUGUCAUAUCCUGUUCUCUGAUACAUAUGCACAGUUUGUUUCACCACAUGGCAAGUUACAUAAGGAUGAUUUAAUUUCAUGGCUCAUGUCAUACAGUGGACCUAGUGCUGCUGAUAGUCUGUGCCAGGCAAAUCUAUGGACACGCACUGCUGUACCUAUACAUACUCUAGAGUCUAGCCUUCAGCAGAGGCAAUUAGACACUUUAGGGUUUUAUUUUAAAUCUAAACAAGAAGUGUUUAGUUCUUACCUAAAUCAAAGCCAGGGUUCACUGAUGGGAGAUGUUAGACAAUUAGAAGAGGCUCUAAGAUUAGUGACUGAUACAGUAAAAUCUAGCCUUUUGGAACCCCAGGCUAGAAUUUUUGCAGAAAGAUUACUCUCUUUGACUUUGGAAUUCUUGUAUGAUUUACUUGAAGAUGGUAGACAAGCAUUACAAAAAGUUCUAAUAAAUAGUGAUAUCAAGGAGGAAAUUAAAGAAUCAUGUGAUUUGCUCAUGUCUUACAUGCCUGCAUUACGAAAAUGCUUGAAAGCUCUUCAGUAUCGAAGUUCACAAGCUAGGGCUGCAUCACAUAACUCUGAUUUAGAAGUGGUUAAUGGUGAGACAUUAGAAGAAAUCAGUUUUGAGAAAUUUGUAAAAGAAAACAAAGUUUCAAGUUUGCAAGCCAUAUUGAUGGCUAGAGAUGACAAGGACAAGUUGCAUUAUCGAGAUAUAGUUAAAAAGCUUUUACAACAGGCUAAAAUUGACUUGGAAAAUAAAAAUAUUCCUGCUUGUCAAUUAAUUCUCACUAACUUGGGCUGUAAUGUUAAAAGUGUACUGUGGUCACUCUCACAGUUUUAUGUGAGCAGGUCCCUUCAAAAAUUUAUUUCUAGUCAGCUGUUAACAUCAACCUCAUUAAAAACUAGUCAACAUGAGCUUCUUCAGUACCUUGAUCUCUUGUACAAGGCUUACCCUCAAGAAUCUUUUACUCUAGCCAUGGAGCAAAAAGUUCAUGAUCAUGAAAGCACUUGGCAAGAUAGAGAAGAUCCACUGAAAAGUGUCAUAAAGGGCAAUGAAAUGUUGCUUUUAACUCACUGUGGUGAACUAACACAACAUACAGAAGGGAAGACUAGCACAGGUCACCAAGACCAGAGUCUAUAUGUUGCUGUUUAUGGAGCAUGGGUUGCUAAAUGGACACCAAGUAUGAGGCAGUCUGUAUUAAUAGAUUCUCAUUUCUUGACUUCAGAUGAUGCAAUGCCAAUGUUCAAGUCUGACCCUGUCUCAACAUGGAAAUUUCUUUUAUCACACAAUUUGAUAAAUAUUUUAUUGCCACUGAUCAGAUCUGCAGGAAGAGACCCCAAUUUUCCUUGGCCUGACAAUCCUACAAAGUAUCUGCACCUGUGUUGGUCUCAUAUGAGAAAAGAAAUAGCACGAGAAUUACUUAGACUUGGAAAAUUGGAUAUAGCACAGUUAAAAGAACAGGAUAUUGACAUCAAUGCUUUAUUGCCAACUGUUGGAGGUAUCAUGAAAAAGCCACAUCCUCUCUCAUACAUGGGAUCAUCCUAUAUGAAACAGCUCCAUAUUGAAACUGUCAAUCAGUUUGCUAAUGCAGGGUUGCUGUUACCCUUGUGGGUGUAUUGCACAGUACAUGGUAUAGAACCAUCAGAUAUAAAAAUAAGUCAUGGACCUUCAUGGUAUCCACUGUUUCAAGCUGUUCACAAAAUACCAAGACAUCCAACAGACAGAAAUUUAAUGCUAUCUGCAAGCCUGUUAGCUGCUGCUGACUUAUGGUCGAUUUCACCAUCUGAAGUUAGUGUAGAAAUGAUGUUGGAGAAAAAUCAAGUUUUAGCAGCACUUGGCACACUUUGUUAUAUGCCAGAGAACAUUCCUAACCUAAGUUCAUCAUUGGUGGAGAAACACCUUCAGAAGUACCCAAAAUUAAUGGCUGCCUUGAUGCCAGACAGGGGCGAGAAGUCAUCCAAACAGGACAUCUCUGUUUACCAUUUACUUAUGGGCAGUACUCCUUUUGAUGUAAGGAAAUUAUUUGGGUGGCAGUCAACAAAUAUUUUUGCUGGCGAAGAUAGUCCCAAAACAAUGCCUCACUUUUCUGAUCCAGCUCUAACUGCAAUUUAUAGUAGAAAUCAGAAACUUCCAUUCCCUUAUUAUAUUAAAAAAGGUCGUCCAGUGUAUGCAUAUCUGACCUUUUUAUCAGAAGAGUCAGAAAGGAGUGAAGCUCCACUGUCCUUAAAAAGAAUCCAUCAGGCCUGUGGUGCAGCUCUGUGGAUAGCAUGUCAAAACUUCAACGAUCCACAUGUCAGUAGUGCAUGUGUUGUGUAUGUUGAGCUUCUAGGUCAGGACAGUGCCCUUGUUCGCACUAUGUUGCAUACAGGCCGUGUCCUGCUUUCACAUAAACACAGGGGCCUUAGUGGGGCAACAGAGGCAAGACAAGAACAACUAAAAACUGUUGUUGCAGACAUUGUCACAGAGAUGUUAGCUUGUGUGAAAAGUCGUACACGUCAUGGCCUUACACUGUUGAAGUCACUGGAAGAGGCUAUUGAAGAAGAGAUUAAGCAUGAAGUCAUUGACAGAUGCAGUUUUGAUGCCAGUCAAAAAUGGCUGCUAGCCAUAGUAUUUUGCCAGCAACUUUCCCUACCAUUAAGUACCUGUUUCCUGAAAGCUUGUGCAGAAAAUGACAAUUGGUUAAUGUUUAUCUGGUUUGCCCAGCUCCAUCAGUACCCUACUCAUCAGCUUCAGAGUCUCCUAAACACUUUUAAAAGUCCACAUCUAAGAGAUCACCUUCACUAUGUGAUCAAUAAUGCAGACAGCAAAUGGUUUACAACAUCUGCCAAAUCUUCUACUAAAAGACAAACUUCCAGUGAUAAAACAUCCAGCCAAUCAAAACGGGCCUAUUUAUACAGCAGGAUGGGUCUGCAGGGAUCAAGAGAAAGAGUAAGCUCAAGCAGUGAAGAGGAUGAAGAAAAAAAUCAACAUGCUGGAAUUUCUUCUUUUUCAUCCAGAUUAAAGCAGACAGAAAUUAAUGAAUGUGAAAUGGAUGAAGCAACUGCACCAGACGAUGUGUUCCGCAUGUUGUUUUACAGCCAGUCAAUGCCAUCACAGUGGAGAUGUUUACUCUCUGCUGCAGUUUGUUUGAGAAAUCCUCUUUUUGCUGAAUUGUCGGCAUGCUGUGGAUGUCCAGCUUUGGCCUGUGUUUGUGGUUGGCUGCUGGCUUCUCUUUCUGCUGAAACCAAACAAACUUUUCUGAAUAAACAUGGCCAUCAGGUAACCAAGUGGACCCUUGAACAUCUGGAAGCUCUAAUUGAUACAACUUUGUCAUGUCGCCAAGAGGAUUCGUUAGCAACAGCAUUUAAAAUUUUACAGCCUUAUUCUCCCCUGCUACCAUUUCUGUGUUUUGUGAAUGAAUUUGUAAACAAAAGAAAUUAUGCAUCCUGUCAAAUUCAUAUUGAUCACUUCAAGGAUGCAAUGGCAAAUAGUGAAAGUGACACAAAGAAAGAAAAAAUUAGUACAGAUAUUGCAACAAUUGGUGAGAGACCGUGGUGGGAGAAAGUAACCUAUCAAGUGAUAAAGCAUGAGUUGAAGUCAGUGCCCAGCCUUUACCAUGCCAAACAUCUGUUGGAAAUUCUUGUCAAGCACAAUUUGUGUCUCAUAUUUAGCUUUGAUGUUCUCGACUUUGCUGUUUUAUAUAAAGUGGUAACCAUUCUCCAUGGCAACGAUGUUCCCAAUAUUGUCAUCAGUUCUCUCCUAACAUCAGGAACAAAAUCUGAUAACUUUCUGAAGCAGUGUGAAGGAGCUGUAAAUUAUUUGAUAGGCUGUGGCAAGUUUUCUGAAGCACAUGAACUGGCUACUUUGUCAGGGAUUAGCAGAGAGGGAGUGGCCAUUAGCCAGCUGAAGAAAGAAAAAGAGCGUUUAAUGUCUUGCAACAUUUGGGCAGCAAAGUAUGUAAGAACUCAGUACUGGGAGAAAUGUAAACAGCUGAUGGAUGAAUCUAAGUGUAGUCCAGAGACAUGUGCUUUCUUCUUCCAGGAAGAGAUAGAAGGAACCAACAGCGAGUUUGAAAAGGCUUUGUUAUGUCAGCAUUGGUUGUUUUUAUUGGAAAACAACACAGAGAAGGAAAUUAUUGCUGUAAAAGACAGUGUCUUCAGAAAGAUGUGGAAGCAUCGCAUUGCUGCCAAAGUGACAUUUGAAGAGCAUCACCCAUUAGACAAAAUUUUUGAUGAGAUGGAUCAAAGUGUGAAGAAACAAGGCAACCUGAAAGUUGAUCUGGUAGAAAAAUCUGUGAUUCACCACAGUGGACCAGAUGUACAAGGGGACUUAAAUGCAGAAGAGUUAGAAAUUUUAGAUACCCUAAUGGGCAACUACUUAGACGAUGGCCGUGUCUGUGCUUGUGCCCAUGUAGCUGCUGUCUUUGGCCAUUAUAACCAGGAUCUGGCCAUCAUACAGACCUGCAUUGCCUUAGCAAAUGGACAGAGCAGCAUUGAUACCAUUGAACCUGCAAUGAAACGCCUCAUUGCUAAAUCUUCAACUCAACGUAAUAGAAAAAUUUCCUUAACCUUGAACAGAUCCUAUAGUAUUGGCAGCAUGAGCAGUAUGUCACCUACAGUAGCUGAGACCAGCACAACAGAGACACCAGAUGUCAUAAGCUCAAUGGAAAAACUUUAUUCUCAUUGUGUCAAGGGGGCUCAAGUGUGCCUUCGUAUAAUCACCUGCUACAAGAUUGCUGAGAUACUUGGACAAAGUUAUGAAAAUGUGGUGAUGUCUUCAGAGUUUGACUCAUUAAGGAAACUAUUGAGAAUAAAUCAUCCAAACAAAUUUAGCAUUGCCCGUGAUUUCCUGGCAACAAGUGGUCUCUCAGAUGAUGAGAUUGCUAGCUUCUUGGCUGAUUCUAUUGUAGACCUACUGAAAAAAUGUGUGAAGGGAAAUACAAAAUCAGAGCUCGUUGUACAACCCACUGAGACCUCAGAAGUGCUGAGUCAGUUUGUCCAUUUAUCAGAAAAUACUGCUCUACUUGGUAACCAUAUUCUACAAUCUGUUGCAACUCUAUCACCUGCUAAUCAGAAAGAAUUGUCUAGCACAGUGCUUAAAGUUCAGACCGAGCUUAUAGUCAUGGCCCAUGAAUGUUUCACUAUCUCCUCUAACAUGGAGGGAAUAUCUCACGUACUUCGAGCCGCUCGAUUGUGUUGUGAAAAUCUUGCAGCAGCUGGGGAAUUUAAUUUAAUGAUUCGGCUGUUGACAGGAGUGGGUAGAUACAGUGAGAUGCCAUAUAUUUUUCACGCAUUACAGCAGCAUCAUCAGUUUGAACUGCUACUUCGUAAAGGCAUGGACAGGGAAGACAAAUUGAAGGUUGCCAUCCUAGAUUAUUUGAAGCAUUACCAACCAGAUGAUAAUGAUGCCUACACAAUGGUAGCUCUUAAAUUUACAAUGUACAGAGAUAUUGCAGGGAUGCUGGAAGCUUGUGCUCACAAGUCACUAAAAAUUUUGAAAGACAAGCCCCUAGAAAAUUCUAAAGAAACACAAGACUUGUUGAAGAAAUGUUUACAAUAUUAUCAAGAUGCAGCUGAAAGCUAUGUGAAGGACAAUAGUGUAAGGAAGGCACAGCACUGUGUUAAGCAAGCCAGACUUCUGUCCCUUCAGCUACAGUUCCUUGCCAAUGGCUUAACAAUUAUUCACCUCAGCAGAGAACAGUUGAAUAACUUCAUCAACACACACAACAGAUUUAUUGAGGCUAUGAUUGUUUCUGAUGCUUAUGAAAAAAGAGCUGACUGGGCAGAAGCUGUAUUUAAUAAUGUUGUGAUGAAAGGGGAUAUGUGCUACUUGCAGGAGAUGAAGCUGCAUGUCCACAUUACACCAUCACUUGUAGAGGAUGUUGUCAAAAGUUAUAAACUGUCACCCGUGAAACCCACAUCAGCUCUUCAACCUAUAAAGAAACUUUUGAACCUUUGCAAAGAUAUACAACUUCAAUACCGAUUGGCCAAUGAACUUGGACUACAAGAUGUUGUUACAACCCUUUUGAAUGGAGACUCAGGUUGUUAUCUCAAAGAUGUUGCAACAAUUUAAAUUACAGCUCUGUGAAGGGAUCCAUUAAAUGUCAUUCAUGUUUAUUUUAACUAAUUUAAAUUAAUGACAUUAUUUUUUAAAUUGUCAGUCAAUAGGCCAUACACUAUUUGAUGUUAAACAAUUUGAUUUUAGAUAUUAAAAUUAUAUAGAAUCUAGGACUGUGAUUGUUUUGUAAAAAUACAGAACUAAGU